AUGGCAGACAAUGGCACCGUUAAUGGAACAUCAGCACCAUCUGCUCAAACAUCAAAACAAGCUCCAGCUGGAAUGCCAAUAAACAAGAAUUCGGAAAAGAAUGAUGCCAAACGGAAGGCCAAGGAAGAGAAAGUGGCUGCUAAACAGGCAGCCGCUCAAAAGGCUCUAGCUGAAAAGGCUGAAAAAGGAGAGAAAAAGAAGCCGAAGAAGGAGGCUGCAGAGCCCGAAGUCGAGUUUGUAAACACGACACCAAAGGGCGAAAAAAAGGAUAUGACUGCACCAAUGGCAGCUUCAUACUCCCCACGAGCUGUUGAAGCAUCGUGGUAUGAAUGGUGGGAAAAGACUGGUGUCUUCAAACCAGAACUCACAGAAUCCGGUGACGUGAAGCCUGAAGGAUCCUAUGUAAUCAGUAUUCCACCACCAAAUGUAACUGGCUCACUUCAUAUUGGUCAUGCUUUGACGAAUGCUAUUCAAGAUUGUCUGAUUAGAUGGAAUCGCAUGAAAGGAAAGAGUGUUCUUUAUAUACCUGGAUGUGAUCACGCCGGUAUCAUGACGCAAGUAGUAGUCGAAAAACAGCUGCUAAAGGAUAGAGGUGUCUCAAGACAUGAUUUGGGUCGUGAAGCUUUUGUUGCUGAAGUCUGGAAGUGGAAAGAAAAAUAUGGAAGUCGAAUCUAUGAACAGUUACGUCGCUUAGGGUCUACAUACGAAUGGGAACGCGUGUCAUUUACACUAGACCCUAAAUUAUGCACUGCUGUAAACGAAGCCUUUGUAACGCUGCAUGACCGAGGUCUAAUUUAUCGUGCCAACCGUCUCGUCAACUGGUGUACAAAGCUACAGACCGCCGUAUCGAAUCUCGAAGUCGAAAACAGGGAACUAGAAGGUCGAACCAUGUUAUAUGUGCCAGAUCAUAGUCAGAAAAAGAGAUACGAGUUUGGAGUCAUCAUAUCGUUUGCUUACCCCAUCGAGAAUUCGGACGAAAAGAUUGUUGUCGCUACUACACGUAUUGAAACCAUGUUGGGCGAUACUGCAGUUGCUGUCAACCCUACAGAUGACAGAUACAAGCAUCUCAUUGGAAAAUAUGCCAUACAUCCAUUCAACAAUCGCAAACUACCAAUAAUUGCAGAUACCUAUGUUGAAAAAGACUUUGGAACUGGUGCGGUCAAGAUCACACCUGCUCACGAUUUUAAUGACUACCAAAUUGGAAAGAGACACAACCUCGAAUUCAUCAAUCUUUUCAAUGACGAUGGCAAAGUGAAUGCCAACGGAGCUCCGUUUGCUGGACUGCAACGAUUCGAUGCUCGUGAAGCGGUUCUGGCAGCAUUGAAAGAAAAAGGAUUGUAUGUUGAGACCAAGCCAAACAAGAUGAUGCUGCCUAUUUGUCAGCGAUCAGGAAAUGUAGUAGAACCAUUACUUAAACCACAAUGGUAUGUGGAUUGCAAAGGAAUGGCUCAAAAAGCUCUAGAAGCUUGCCAGUCAGGCGACUUGCAAAUAUUCCCAGAGCAUUCUCACAAAGAGUUCGUCCGAUGGAUGGAAAACAUCCAAGAUUGGUGUAUCUCACGGCAACUAUGGUGGGGUCAUCGGAUUCCAACAUACUUUAUUGAAAUCAAGGGACAGACGAAUGAUACCACCGAUAAUGAUUAUCACGUGUCUGGUCGAACGUAUGAGGAAGCAAGGGCAAGAGCUGUUGCCAAGUUUCCCAAGGUGGCGGCAUCAGAUAUCACCCUUCAUCAAGAUGAGGAUGUCCUGGAUACAUGGUUUUCUGCCGGUUUAUGGCCUUUCGCCAUCUUGGGCUGGCCAGAAGAGACAAAAGACUUUCAACAAUUUUAUCCAAAUGCAUUGUUGGAAACUGGAUGGGAUAUUAUAUUUUUCUGGGUCGCUCGUAUGGUCAUGUUUGGUAUAGAGUUUACUGGACAAGUUCCAUUCAAACACGUAUUCUGUCACGCUAUGAUUCGAGACGCACAUGGUCGAAAAAUGUCCAAGUCUCUUGGAAAUGUCAUUGAUCCCAUCGACGUGAUGGAAGGCAUUACAUUGGAAGGGCUUCAAAAGAGACUGGAUGAAGGCAAUCUAGAUGCAACAGAAGUCGCUAAAGCCAAGGAGGGCCAAAAGGCUGACUUUCCAUCUGGUAUCCCGGAGUGUGGAACAGAUGCUUUGAGAUUCGCCUUAUGUGCUUAUCAAUCCAACAAUCGAGACAUAAAUAUGGACGUGAGUCGUGUUGAAGGAUACCGAAAGUUCUGUAACAAGUUAUGGAAUGUCAUUAAGUUUGCUUUGGGCAAAUUGGGCGACGAUUAUGCUCCACCACCAAGCUACAAGAUAAGAAAUUGGUAUCCAACACCAUCACCUGCUCCUGGCUUGACUGGUCAAGAAGCAUUAGCAGAACGAUGGAUAUUGUCAAGAUUGAAUCUCGCCAUCACAGAAAUCAACAAAAGCUUGGAAGAAUACAACUUUAUGUCUGCUACCGGUGUCUUGUACAACUUUUGGUUGUAUGAAUUGUGUGAUAUAUAUGUGGAAUGGUCAAAACCUGUGAUUGACACCGGAGAUGCCGCUGCUGCUGCUUCAGCCAGAGCAACACUGUACACAUGUCUAGAUGUUGGGUUGCGAUUAUUGCACCCAUUCAUGCCGUUUGUUACUGAAGAGCUGUGGCAACGGCUACCACGUCGGCCUGAUGAUACUACCGUCACCAUAUGUAAAGCUUCAUAUCCGACCUCCAUGUCUGAAUGGCACGAUCAAGAAGCGGAAGACAACUUUGGUGUUGUCAGUGAUGUUUGUGCCAAGUUGAGAGGAUUGGCAGCAGAGUAUGGAAUACUUAAAGAUGCUGUUGUAUAUGUCAAGGUAUCAGCUUCAUGGGCAGAAAAGUUUGAACUAGAACGUCAAACUAUUGUGACGUUGGUCAAACCAGCCCAAGAAUUACGUGUUUUGAAAAAAGAAGAUGCGGUUCCUUCUGGAUGCGCUUUAGAAGUGCUGAAUGAAGAUAUUACUGUAUUGAUUCUCGUCAAGGGAUAUGUGAACUUUGCAGACGAGAUAUCCAAGAUUGAAAAGAAGAUUGGCAAAGCCAAUGAAAACUUGGAGAGUAAUAAGAAAAAGACACAGAUUCCAAACUAUGAGACUAAAGUUAGAGCCGAUGUUCGAGAAGCUCAAGAGCAGAAGAUCAAGGAUGUUGAAGCUGAAAUUGAAACACUCCAUAUUGCUAAGGCCAAUAUGGAGCGAUUACGAGACGCAUAA